AUGACCGGGUUGACCUGCCCUAUGUCUCGCGCACUCGCAGCUCCAGCUCAGUAUAUAAAGGAGGACAACGGCGGGCGAAGAACGGCUGGGAAGGCAGAGACCGGAUUUGUAAAUAAGACCGUUAAAAUCUGUGUUUUAUUUACAAAAGUUAUGCCGGCUAAUUUUAAGUAUCGUACCCAGUUGUUUUAGAUCGUUUUUCCUUUUUUUGCUCUUAUUCCUCGCUUGAUUUCCGUGUGGUUUUACACUACGCGUAAUGGCGAGCUCGGCAAACUCGAAUCCAGUGGUAAGGAUCAUUCUCAAGAGGGUAGUCAGUGAGACAGAACUAGUUAUGAUGAUGGCAAACUAACUGCUAGCUGCCAAAAAAGUUAUUCUGAGUGCAAAAACAUAAGGGAACCUAGGGAGUAUUGUUUGCAAACAUUUUAGAUUCUCAUCAAUAAAAAUGAUAGGCGUAAGUACAACAAUCGGCCAUUUUAACCUCUUCGAACCCAUAGCUAAAUCAUUUUCAGAAUGCAGCUGGGGAAUGACGUUGGUAACUUAUCUUUGGCAAAUGUUCUCAGAUGCAGUUUUAAGCUUUAGCUAGGUGGCAGUUUUUUUUAUAGUUUAAGCUAGAUAAAUAUCAACCUAGAAAUGUGAUUUGAGCCUUGUUGAUUGGCUUGUAUGCUAAUUUGCAAGCUAUGCUGCCACCUAACUACAGUAACUAGUCAACAUGCAUUAACUAUAUUGGUGAAUUUAUUGUUUCCUGGAGAUCUAGUUAAAAAAAUUAUGUAACGUAGUUAGCUAGCAAUAACGUUAGGUCUCGUACUAACUAGUAACUUUAGUAGCUACAUGAGCUUCGAGUUUAGGAGUUGUUCCUCGAACCUAAUGAAAACUAGCAGUUUGCCUCGAUGUACAGUUGGAAGCACCUUCUCAUCCAAUGCGCAUUUGUUUAAUUCCUAUUGUCAGAAUUAAAACUGAUUAUCAGGUGGAAUGUAUUGCUUGAUAAUUUCAAACAAGGGCGUACAGUGCCUCUGUCCACCAUUACACGAACAAGGCUGCUCGCUAGCCGCCCCAAAACACCUCGUCCUCUAUUCUCCACCAUUUGUCCCUAUCUCUAAAAUCAAAUUGUAACCAGCUAAAGUCACUAUCUUCUAGCAACAAUUAUAUUUACAUCCAACAUUCGAAUAUUAGUGACUGCGAGCUUGAGCCAAUGUGCGCCUGACUCCCGCUCCGUAAAAUGGCUUCCAUGUCUCCUCUCUCGACGGUUGUGACCCUCCUCCUUUCUGCAGCUCGGUUUUAUACAGCCAUAUUGGCUCUCUAAUAUAGACUGCCCGGGAUGGGAAGGCGCUACUCAACGCUACGUCACAGUCUCUACGUAUAAACACCAGACUGAUCUUUAAAUAGUGAGCAGACAGGCCAAGAGGCGGGGAGUUAGAUGGGGACACCGGGGAAAGUGGCCGCUGUCGCUGUUCAUGCGACCAUUUUAGUUUGAGGGUAUAUGGUCGAUGAUUCAACGUUGCAAUCUAUCUUGUGUUGCAAUCUAUCUUGUGCAUGGCCGAUUGAGUUUAGUUAGCGCAAGCUGAUCGAUUUAUUUCGGUUGUUUACAGUUAGAGAAAAUCCUAAAGUCCGAUUGAUUGAGCAACGAUUCCUGUGUUAACUUGUUUACCGUGUGAAAGCUCCCAUAUGCACUGACCAUUUGCUGUCUAGUCCAGGGUUUCGCAAACUCGCCCCCCCCCCCCGCAGGUUUUUUAGCCCUAGCAAUACACCGCUGUUUCAAAUAAUCAAAGCUUGAUAAUGAGUUGGUUGUUUUAAUCAGCUGUGUAGUGGUAGGGCAAAAAACAACGUGCACCCGGGGGCCCAUGACCGAGUUUGGAAACCCUGGUCUAGUCUAUCAUCGGUAAUCUCUAGUGUAACAUUAUUGCUGACCAUGGCUAUCAUGAAAUAUCACCGUUUUCAAUAAUGUAGGCUACAAUCAUAUAUUAAUUACUUGAUAACUUGAUUCUGAAUUGUCCCAACUUCUCCAGGAAUUGUUAAAAUGUUUGGGAAUGCAAUGAAAGUCUGCACACUUUUACUUUAAAAAACAUAAUUUAAUCAUUUGGAACUGAUUUUACAUACUUUAGUUGUAAGAAUUGCACAUUUAUUUUGUUGCAAUUUUGGGGUUUCUAGAGUCUGUUCAUUUUAAAAUUCUUAUGGUAUGUAGUUUAUGAAUGCCUGGCACUGAACUUCAAAGGCAGUCACACCCCAAAAUAUGAAAUUUUUCAAAACAUGAAAUUUUGCAUUAUUUGUUGGCCAACAUCCUUUACCAAGCUGCAUUUGAGUACAUUUCAGUUAUCACAAUGUGGAAUAACUAUACUAUAUAUUAGAGCACUUCUAACAGUACUCUGUAUGUUCUCUCAGCCUAAACUGUACAGGUCUGUGAUUGAAGAUGUUAUCAACGAGGUCCGGGAGCUCUUCUUGGAUGAGGGGGUGGAUGAGCAGGUUCUCAUGGAGCUCAAAACGGUACGGAACUCAUCACUUCUUCCUUUUAGUCGCAUUCCAUUCUAUAAUGUUCUUCCUCAUCUACAGUCUGCCAUGGUCUCCCUCCCUUUUUGCAGAUCUGUAGUAGAUCUUACUAUAGGCCUCAAUCCCAAAUGAAUGGACCAUCUAAUUCCACAUUCCUUUAGUGGUCAGAGGACAAGCAAGUCUGAAGAUCCCUCUGGAAAACAUGAAGUUCUAUUAAAGUCUAUAAACAGAUGGUCAACUUCUUACCUACCCCCCCCUCCAUUUUAAAGUUUUCCUCUCAUCUUCCCUAGCUGUGGGAGAACAAGUUGAUGCAGAGUAAGGCAGUGGAGGGCUUCCAUACCGAGGAGCAGGCGGCCCUCCAGGCAGCAGCAGCCCAGCAGCAGGCCCAGCAGCAGGCCACCCAGCAAGCCCAGGCACAGCAGGUCCUCCUGCCCCCGCAGCAGCAAGGUGAGUCCCAGGCCCCGGCCCUGACACACCAACUCUGUUGUCCUUGGUACGUUAUGGGCUGGUUACCCAGACACAGAUUAAGCCUAGUCCUAGAGUAAAAAGCAUGUUCAGUGGAUAUUCUCAAUUGAUUCUGCUUUUUUAGUUUAAUCUGUGUUCAGGAAAUUAACCCAGCCUAUAAGAGUUGCUUUAAACCCUUGCCCCGUUUUACAGCCAUGCCCAGCCCCAGCCUCUAACACCUCUAAUCACCCUCUUUCUCACUUCUUGGUCCACUUCCAGUGUAUGAGCAUAUUUGGGGCAUUGAAAAGCGCUAUGUAAAACCCAUGUAGAUGGUUCCCUGACACGCCCCUUUAAAGCCAACCACCCACCUCAGACCAGCCCCUGCCUGCCACCCCUAACAUUUUUACAUUUACAUUUUAGUCAUUUAGCAGAUGCUCUUAUCCAGAGCGACUUACAGUUAGUGAGUGCAUACAUUAUAUUUUUUCAUACUGGCCCCCCGUGGGAAUCGAACCCACAACCCUGGCGUUGCAAACGCCGUGCUCUACCAACAUCCCUAACAUCUAACCACCAUGUCUGGUAUUUUCACACUCACAAUGUAUGAUAUAAAUUGCUAUAAGUCCAGACACAACAGGUCCUCGUCUAAGUUGCCUAAUUCAAAGUCAAUUUCAAAGAACUACUUGAAAUGACUAUCUAUCUGCAAAGUAUGUGAAAACCACAAAGGCAUUGAAAAGAGAAUCCAUUCUCAUUCACAGUGACGAGCUGGCAAUCGACCCGGCCUACUGUCACAAGCGGUAAUAUAAUCACUUGAUUAUUAUUAUUUAUUAUUAUUAUACAGGAUUUAUUGAUUACAUACACAGUUUGUUCCAAAGCUGCAUUGACAAGAUGUCGUUUCACAUUUAUUAGAAGUAUAAUUACUGAGUGUAUGUAAUCAAUACUUUAAUGGAUACAUGUAUCUCCCCCUCUCUCUCCACAGCACCCCAGCAGCAAGUCAUUGUGCAGGAUCCUAAGAUUCUGCAGCACAUGAGUGCAACGGGGAUGGUGAGUGGAGUAAGGUGGUUGUCUGUAGAUAUACUACACAUUUAGGAUCAGAGACGUAAGAUCUGGCGCUGAGCGUGACUGACCAGGACAGAUGGAACAGAGGGAUGAGGGGGAGGAGACGAGGAGACGUGAGGCCACGCAGGAAAUCGUUUAGUGAGAGCUACGGAUUUCAGACUGGAUUACUGAGCAGAUAAACCUGGAAGAGCCUCACACUCGUCUGUUCUAGGCCCCCCCCCCGGUAUUUUCUGAGCUGAAGUUAGAUCAGUUUUAGAGUCAGGGACAUUCUCGCUCUGUUUUUUAAAGACUAGAUAGAAAGGUGUCUCCCUAGUUUCUGACCUGUUUUCGGACGGCCUGUUUUUCCUGUCUAAUCUUCCCCGACCAACUGGUUUUGUCUUCUGAACUCACAUCUGUCAUAGAUUUAGAUGCUGUAAUCUUUGUGAGAUGCACAUAUUUCACAGGUCUGCACAGAAUGUAGGAUUAUUAUAGCAAAUUGAGGUUACAUUUUAAAUGAUUCUCCAGACAUGUUAAUCUGUGCAGUCUUAUCUUGAACAAGCACACACUCUCGCACUCUCUCCCCCCCCCCCCCCCCCCCCCCCCCCCCCCCCGAAUGAUUAGGAGUAGCUAUCUGUCCUUGUCCUUGCCUGGUUAGUAAUAUGUGUUUUCUCUGUUUGUCCUGUAGAGUGCAGCAGCCACCGCAGCAACCCUGGCCUUACCCACAGGAGUCAGUCCCUACCAUCAGCUUAUCACCAGCCAAGGUAGAACAUUUUACAUCACACCAGCUCUAGUGUUAAUCAUGUAUUAUAACUGAUUCAUUGAUUUGAUUAUUUGAAAACUAAAAGUAUAUACACAGCCGUAUUGCUGCAGAAAGAUUACUUCACCAAAUACCAAUCUGUUUUUUUGUUCUGCCCUGAAUUUCUUAUGUCCUUUCCGGGUGACGCACAUCAGGCAAUUUGCCCCAGAAUUGUUUUCUUAAGACAGCGGAUGGUGUGUACAACCUAGGAAUAAGAAGCCUUUCUUUCUGACUUGUUAAUAUACUUGUUUCUCAACAUUCAAACUGUUCUUGGUCUGGUCAUGGUUUCGAUAAUCUGGAUCUUGGGUUGAGUCUCACGAGGUUGGGUCUGGGUCUUGAGGGCUUCGGUCUCCAUUGCUCUCUCCUCUCCUCUGUUCUCCAGUCAGAUCCUGAACAUACUCUUCAUAGGUCUAAUAUCCUCCGAUCUCCUCUCUGACCCCAGGUCAGAUCCUACAGUUUGUGCGUGCGGCCAACGGUGCUCAGUACAUCAUCCAGCCCCAGCAGCAGAUGGUGCUACAACAGCAGGUCCUUCCUCAGAUGCAGCCAGGCGGCGUGCAGGCUCCUGUAAUACAGCAGGUACGCCCCAUUACACAGGUAGGUCCGCUCACUGUCCUCCCACAUACACUACAUGACCAAAAGUAUGUAGACACCUGCUCGUCGAACAUCUAAUUCCAAAACCAUGGGUUGGUCAUCCCUUUGCUGCUGUAACAGCCUCCACUCUUCUGGGAAGGUUUUCCACUAGAUGUUGGAACAUUACUGCGGGGACUUGCUUCCAUUCAGCCACGAGCAUUAGUGAGGUCGGGCACUGAUGUUGGGCGAUUAGGCCUGGCUCGCAGUCGGCGUUACAAUUCAUCCUAAAGGUGUUCGAUGGGGUUGAGGUCAGGGCUCUGUGCAGGCCGUCAAGUUCUUCCACACCGAUCUCGACAAACCAUUUCUGUAUGGACCUCGCUUUGUACAUGGGGCAUUGUCAUGCUGAAACAGGAAAGGGCCUACCCCAAACUGUUGCCACAAAGUUGGAAGAACAGAAUCGUCUAGAAUGUCAUUGUAUGCUGUAGUGUUAAGAUUUCCCUUCACUGGAACUAAGGGGCCUAGCCCGAACCAUGAAAAACAGCCCCAGACCAUUAUUCCUCCUCCACCAAACUUUACAGUUGGCACUAUGCAUUCGGGCAGGUAGCGUUCUUCUGGCAUCCGCCAAACCCAGAUUAGUCUGUCGGACUGCCAGAUGGUGAAGUGUGAUUCAUCACUCCAGAGAGCGCGUUUCCACUGCUCCAGAGUCCAAUGGCGGCGAGCUUAACACCACUCCAGCCGACGCUUGGCGUUGCGCAUGGUGAUCAAAGGCUUGUGUGCGGCUGCUUGGCCAUGGAAACCCAUUUUGCUUCCAGAGGCAGUAUGGAACUCGGUAUUGAGUGUUGCAACCGAGGACAGACGAUUUGUGCGCUACGUGGGCGGUCCCGUUCCGUGAGCUUGUGUGGCCUACCACUUUGCGGCUGAGAGGUUGUUGCUCCUAGACGUUUCCACUUAACAAUAACAGCACUUACAGUUGACCGGGGCAGCUCUAGCAGAGCAGAAAUUUGAUGAGCUGACACGUUGGAAAGGUGGCAUCCUAUGACGAUGCCACGUUAAAAGUCACUGAGCUCUUCAGUAAGGCCAUUCUACUGCCAAUGUUUGUCUGUUGAGAUUGCAUGGCUGUGUGCUCAAUUUUUAUACACCUGUCAGCAACGGGUGUGGCUGAAAUAGCCGAAUGGAGGUGGUCCCCCUCGUGCAGGUGGUCCCCCUCGUGGAGGUGGUCCCCCUCGUGCAGGUUGUCCACAGUUCAGUUAAGAGUAUUUUGCGGCCACUUGCUCACUAACCAGGGCCAGAAUACCUGGUCCUGUGUCAGAGCUGUGGUAGAUGGCAUGUGUGAGCAUAAGUAGUGGAGCAUGAAAUGGCCGUUAACCUAUGGGCCUUCUGUGAGGUCCUCAGAUCCACAGAAGUGACUUAAGAUGGCUGUUAUGUUGUGCAAGCUGAGUGGUUUUGGAAGGUGAAGUGUCCGUUACUAGUUCCUGGUGGUUCAGUGGGGUGUAAUAUCAUGUUGCUACCCCCCAGGUGCUGGCUCCUCUCCAGGGAGGCCUCCCCCAGCAGACGGGAGUCAUCAUCCAGCCUCAACAGAUCGUCCUCACUGGGAACAAGGUCCAGCAGAAUGCACAGGUCAGACAUUAUGCACUCGCUAGUCACUACUGGCGCACCAUAGAAACAAAGGAUAGUACACUUAUUUUGAUAAAAUAUUCAUUAGUAUAACUACAUUCAAUGUAUUUUUAUACUCCGCUUUUGAGAAGCUAUAGAUAUGCAUAUUCAAGAGGGAAUUUUAAAUUGUAUUAUACAAAUGGUGCUUCCUCUGCUGAACACCCCAUCCCACAUUCAACCAGCUCUCACCAACCAGUCCUUCUCAACCCAUCCCUCUCUUCAGGUAAUGCAGAUGGCAGGCCAGCCUGGCCAGGUGCAGCAAAUACAGCAGCAGGUCCAACAAGUACAACAGGCCCAGGGUGGAGCUGCUCCAGGGGCCCCACAGCAGCAGCAAGCCAAGCAGCAGCCUCCUAUGAUGCUGCAGGUUGACGGAGCGGGAGACACGUCCUCAGAGGACGAGGAUGAGGAGGAGGAGGAGUAUGAUGAGGAUGAAGAUGAAGAGAAGGAUAAAGCUGGAGGGGAGGACGGACAGGUGGAGGAGGUGGGUAGUACUCUCAAUGAGACCGAGAGAGAGACACACAAUGGUUCUAAACUUUUAACCUUAGAAUGUUUAUGACCUACUGACUAGUUGAACAAAACUAUAUCUCUAACAAGCUCCAAAGCACUUUACCAGCACACUGUUGUACUCUAUAAAUUUGGCUGUAGAGACAAUCUAGAAUUGACUGUAGACAUUGAGUGAUAGGAUGAAUAUAUGUGGGUUAUUAACCUCCCUCUCUCUCUCAGGAGCCUCUGAACAGUGAAGAUGACGUGAGUGAUGAGGAGGACCAAGAACUGUUUGACACCGAGAACGUGGUCGUGUGCCAGUACGACAAGGUAAGGCAUCCCCAGAUGACAUUAUCGUGUGUGACUACAAUACGAGGCAUCCUGUGUGUGAGGAAACCCCAGACUUCCCGUGUGUGUGAGACUGGUAUCCCCGUCUGCUCCCCUCCUAACGCCAACACUGACACUGUCCAUUGGUUUCCCUCCGAUAAACACACACGCACGGUAUUGUGUGAAAGAGAGGCAUCCCAGUCUGUUCCUACCUAACUCUCACACUGUUCCCUCCUCUCCUCAGAUCCACAGAAGUAAGAACAAAUGGAAAUUCCACCUGAAGGAUGGGAUUAUGAACCUGAAUGGCCGAGACUACGUCUUCUCCAAAGCCAUCGGGGACGCUGAGUGGUAAAACACACAACAAAAAAGGGUGCGUCCCAAAUGGCACCCUAUUACCCAUAUAGUGCACUAUAUAAUCCUCUGGUCAAAAUUAGUGCACUACAUAGGGGAAUAGGGUGCCAUUUGGAAUGUAGACAAAGAAACAAAACACCACAAAGGAACUCUGGAACUUUCUGUUCGAGAAAGAGAGGGAGACAUCAAUAACUUAAGACCAGGGAAUCACUGGAGACAUUUCAGCCAGAAGGCCUGUGGUGGGUUGGUGGGGGAAGGAAAAAAACGUGACACGCCACCCAAAACUGUGAGAUGCACAUCUGAAUGAAUGGUAUUUCAGUAUCAAUACCCAACAAGCCUGAGAAGACUGAGGGUUCUAUGAUGCAGGGACAGAGGAGGGAUCCUUUGAGCAUCUUUGUUUGAAUGAAUUCACCUUCAUUUUGAACUGACUGUCCUCUUACACACUUGUAGUUAUAGUGGACCAGAUAUAACCACCGACUUGAGUUGACCCACCCUAAACACUUUAUACCUAUAGGUUUGAAUCAAGGUCAAAGUUCAGUAAAAAUGCCCAGCGAUUGAACAGGGAAAUCUGUCAAUCCCAGUUGUGCCCAGCAAUUAGCUAGGAAACCUGUCAGUCAAUCCCAGUGUUUAUUUUUUAUUUUUUAGUGACCCGGCACUACACAGUAAAGUUGACACCGGUGUAUUGAGUUAAGAUGGCUUUUUGCAAAGGCUGAUGUUAUUAGCUUCUUGUUGUAAUUCUCCAUUCCAUGUCGCUGAUAUGAUAUUCCUGCCACAUGUUCUCAUGGUCCAUACAAGAAGUUUCCUUCCGGGUAUCUAGUUGAUACUAAUACGCACUGUGUGUUCGGCAGUGUAGCGCUCCCCUCCUGUUAUCGUUGUAACUUUUUAAAGAUGUAUUUUUUUUAAUGGUUUAUGAUGAAGACCAACACCACUAAAGUCAAAAUGACAAUAACGACCUAGUGAUGUAAAUUGAGUGAAGGAAACCCAGGGCACCUCCUAUUCCCUGUAUAGUGCACUAC